AUGAACGAUCCGAAGAAUCGCGACCGUCCGUUGUAUCUGCACGUGUCGCCAUCCACCGAGGCCAAGACGCCGGAGGAGAAGCAGCGGAUGGUGGACGCGGCCGUCCGUAUGAUCGAUGACAUCAUGAAUCUACGGCCAGGAGAGCAGCCCAGGGCCCAGGCGCCCGAUCGGGCCGAUCCGGGCCGGGGAUAUCCCGCCCUUCCCCCAGGGACCUAUGACCCUGCAUACGGCCCUCCUCCUCCCCACGGUUACCCAGGCUACCCCCCUCCGGGGGGUGCUCCUGCUCCGUAUCCCCCUCAGGGUGCCCCUGGGUAUGGCCCUCCCCCGCAGGGUGCACCUGGUGAAUACCCCCCGCAGGCACCAGGGCAGUACCCUCCUGGCCAAUACCCGCCGCCUGCUUACCCCCCUGCUGGUUACCCUGCUGCCGCCCCGUCCCCAUAUGCACCUUCCCAGGGUGGCGCCUAUGGGGCACCCCCGCCUGGGGCGUAUGGGGAGGGGUACGGUGCCCCGUCCGCAUCUGCUGGGUCUAUCCCUCCGGGCAGCAACAUCGUGCUGGUGUUUGCAGCGUUUGAACCGACACGGGAGUUUGACGCAUCUGGGCGCAUCAGGGGACCCAAUGACUCGUACCUGGAGCACAUUCACACGUCUACAAGCAUCAAGGCGACGCUGCAUGGGCGGUGCUCCAACAACCACGAGAUCAAUGGGGAAGGUGAGGGCAGGGACGGCCAAGGUGAGGGCAGGGACGGCCAAGGUGAGGGCAGGGUCGGCCAAGGUGAGGGCAGGGUCGGCCAAGGUGAGGGCAGGGUCGGCCAAGGUGAGGGCAGGGACGGCCAAGGUGAGGGCAGGCGGAAGGUGUGA